AUGAUCUCGGCAGCAGAGUCGUCCAUAACUGUUUUCACGCUGGAUCCGAAGGAGUUUAAUCGUCACCCGGCCAUCGCCGUCAACGGUGCGGCCUUACCGCUCGUCCGCAAGCCCAUGCUCCUUGGCGUGUGUUUCGAUCCGCUUUUCACGUUUGCGGACCAUGCCAGGGAGGUCGCAGGCAAAGUGGGCCGCUGCAUCAAGGUCGUCAAGGUUCUAGCAGGCAAAUCCUUGGGCUGCUCGAAAGAUACUCUGGCGACCACAUUCAAAGCGCUGGCCAAGCCGCACCUCACUUAUGGGCGACCAAUCUGGCCUCCUACGAUCACCUCUCCCAGCCUCCACCGCCUUCAGUCAGCACAGAACGCUGCCCUCCGCACGAACACGGGUUGCUUUAAAAUGUCGCAUAUCGAUCAUCUCCAUGCAGAGGCUUCUGUCCUGCCGGUCGCCCAUUAA